UUAGUAUAAAUAAAAAGACCGACGUACUGUGCCUUAAAAUGAAGAGAAUAAUAUUUGAGUGAGGAGUCAGAACCAGAUCCGCAGCACUGCUUCGAAAAACCGAGAAGCUCCGAUCACAGAAGAAAGCCGUCGAUUACUCGAGAAUAGGGAGAUGGGGGAGGAGAAGAGACACCAGAUGAUGCAAAACUUGUUCGGAGAUCAAUCCGAAGAGGAAGAAGAGAUCGAUUCCGAGCACGAGUCCAAUCCCCAACCCAAUUACGUCUCUGAUGAAGGAGAAGGAGGAAUAGAGCCUGAAGGUGAAGGCGAAGUGGAGGGGCAAGGGGAGGUAGAAAUAGAAAGUGAAGGAGAGUUGCGCGAUGCAGAACCUGAUCCUGGUGAAAGUGAGGGUGAAAGAGAUCAAAGUUCCCAAGAGGUAGAGCCUGGUGUCCACAGGGAAGAAAGUGAAGGCAGAUAUAGUGAUAGUGACGAGAAGGAGGAGUUAACAAGUCGGAGACGGAAUGUGAUUGAAAGUGGAUCCGAGAGAUCAGAAGAAAACCAUUAUCCUGACAAUGAAGAUGAUGAGGUUGAGCAGGCUCAAAGUCCAGGAUUCCCUGAAGAGAAGGAUCAGAUUCACGUUGAGAACUCUGCUGCUGUCCGUAAUGUAUUUGGUGAUUCUGAUGAUGAGGAAGUGGAAGAGUAUGCUAUUCAAAAUGACAUGGAGCAUGAUUCUAGAAGAUUGCCCAUGGAAGAUGAAGAAGAAGAAGGGAGCUAUGAGAAAAGUCCUAGGCUAGAGGAUGUAGUGCCAGAUGAAGAUGCUCGGUAUGAAUCUGAAGAGGAAAACAUUGAGACAAAGAUCAAGGAGAAACCAGUUGGUCCUCCGUUGGAGCUGGAGAUUCCAUUGCGUUUACCUCCUGCACAUCCAGAAAAGAUGAACAUGAUUAAAGUCUCUAAUAUCAUGGGAAUUGACCCAAAACCAUUUGAUCCUAAGACAUAUGUGGAGGAAGAUACAUUUGUCACAGAUGAAUCUGGAUCAAAGAAACGGAUACGUUUGGAGAACAAUAUUGUACGCUGGCGGUCUGUUAAACAUCCUGAUGGCACAGUAUCGCGGGAAAGCAAUGCGCGUUUUGUGAGAUGGUCAGAUGGCAGUUUGCAGUUAUUACUUGGUAAUGAAGUCCUAGACAUAACUGUGCAAGAUGCACAGCAUGAUCAAGCCCAUCUAUAUGUUCGACACCAAAAGGGAAUCCUUCAAUCACAAGGAAGACUAUUGAGAAAGAUGAGGUUCAUACCUUCAUCCUUGACAUCAAAUUCUCAUAGAUUGCUAACUGCUCUUGUUGACUCAAGGCAUAAAAAGGUUUACAAGGUUAAGAACUGUGUCACUGAUAUUGACCCUGAAAGGGAAAAGGAGGAGAAGGAAAAGGCUGAAAGUCAAACUAUUAGAGCUAAUUUACUCCUUAGCCGGAAGAGGGAAAAGGUGAGCCGGAAAUAUACACCAAAUGUUGAUAGAAGGCGCCAGCUUUCACCUGGGUUCUUGGAAGAUGCUCUUGAUGAGGAUGACGAAGCAGAUUAUUAUGACUCUCGUCGUUCUCGCAACCGCUUUGAAGAAGAUCUAGAAGUGGAGGCUCGAGCAGAGAAACGGAUUUUGAAUGCUAAGAAGUCACAGGGAGCUAGAGACAUCCCUCGCAAAUCAUCUGCACCACCUGCCAAAUCUUCUCGUCAUCCUGUGGAUUUCUCUGACAGUGAGAGAGAGGAAUCUGAAUAUGAAAGUGAUGGGGAAGAAGAUGAGAGGUCUCCACGUAAAAGGGUUGAGGAGCCAGAGCAGGAGUAUGAAGAAGAUGAAGAAGAGGAAGAAGACCACGGUGAAGCAGACAGGCAUGAGUUGUCAGAGGAGGAAGCUGAGGAGUCGAAGUAUAGGGGUAAGGACUCUGGACACAGCCUCAAACGCAAAGGGAUCGAAUCAGAUGAGGACUCUCCCCAAAGGAAGACAGCUGCUACUCAUCGUCGAAUGGCUGUUGUUUAUGAUAGUGAUGAGGACUAAGUAAUCAGUACCUGAUGUUUUCAACAAAAGGCCUGGCGAUGAUCUGGAUAUGAAGCAAUUUCUAUUUAAAUCAAGAGAACAAAUAUGCAUUGUUUCUGGCCCUAGUACCUUAACAAGGUUGCCCUGUAUUUCAUCUGACAUAGUCAACUUUGCACAAAAUUUUAGUAAUAUUUCCUAUGUUUAUUCUAGCAAUAAUAUCUGUUUUAUGUGCCAAAGUAUAACCAACAAGAAGAUAAGCAUAUUCUUUCUCUUCUUCUUCUUAUUAUUAUAUGAGAAAAAUGAAGUCUGUACUAUUAAAAUAUUAAUGUUGAUAAUCAGAUGAAAUGACAAAUAUUUAAUAAUUGGUCUC